GGCGGAGGGAAGGGACAAGAGACGGGACUGAGCUACUUACUUUACUCUGUUCGAGAACGAGAAACAGGACGGAAAGCCCAACAUGGCAGCGCUUGGAGAGCAUCACUAUGGCAAGUCACGCAUUCGUGUCGUCCACGUCGACCGCAGUGGACCUCGACACGUGGUGACGGAGCUCUCCGUCGACGUGUAUUUGUGGGGCGCCGACUUUGCGAGGACGUAUCUCUCGGGAGAUAACUCGACGACGGUGCCUACGGAUACCAUGAAGAACACCGUGUAUGCUCUGGCCAAGAUCCAUCCUGUCACUCCCAUCGAGUCGUUUGCAGAGUCUGUUGCCCAGCAUUUCAAGUCGAAAUACGCUCAGGUUACCCAGUGCAAGGUCGACAUCCGCCAGCCUCUGUGGGAGCGGCUUGAUGCGCCUGAUGGGCAGGAGGGUGCGCACAAGACGGCGUUUGCCGAGGCCGGGCCGUGCUAUCGCACGGCAUCGGCGACGACGCGGGCGGACGGCGGCGCGGACGUUGUGUCGGGCUUUAAGGGCCUGCGUGUGCUCAAGACGACGGGAUCGGGCUUUGAGGGCUUCCCGCGGUGCGAGUACACGACGCUGCCGGAGAUGCACGACCGGCUCCUGUGCACGUCGGUGACGGCCAACUGGACGUUUGCACGUGGCUCGGAGCCGGGCUACGGCGCGGCGCUCUCAAUGAUUCGCAACGUCACGCUCGACUUUUCGCCAACCGCUAUUCGCUCUCUGUCCAGCAGAUGGUGUACGACAUCGGCGAGGAGGUCAUGGAGCGGGUGCCUGAGCUGGAGACGAUCACGUUUAUCAUGCCCAACAUCCAUGUCUUCCUCUACGACAUCCAGCGGUUCGGCCUCGAGAACAACAAUGAGGUGUACUUUCCGGUCGACGACCCUGCGGGUUACAUCGAGGGCACCGUCGUCCGGGCGGCGCCGUCCAAGCUCCAUUCGCGGCUGUGAUGGCCGCGCUGCAAGCCUCGGCGCCAGCCGUCGGCGCUCAGUCGCCGUCCCAUGACGCCUCGGAGCUCGACGAGCUUGAGCUCGAGCUCGAGUCGGAGCCCUCGACCGGGCCGGUCAAGUCAAAGUCGGAGACGUCGAGCGCGUCGCGGACCUCGGGCGGGAGCUUAAAGUACCAGC